GUAUUUUUACAGGAUCCACCUAAUAUAUAUAUUUACAAACUUAUCAUAUAAGAAAAUGUUGGAAAUUGUGAAAUUACUUUAUGUCAUGGCCAUGCUAUACGUUGACGUAAAAGGUCAACCGUGGGACAUCGUCGUCGCGAAGGAUGGUUCUGGUCAGUUUACGACGAUACAAGCCGCCCUAAAUUCGACCCCAAAUCAGUCCCCCGUCCCCAUCAGGAUUUAUAUCCGGACCGGACUAUACUUCGAGAAAUUGAUAAUUCCUGCUGAAAAGACGAACAUCACAUUUAUCGGGGAGAGCAGGACGGGAACGAUAAUUUCUUACGAUGACUACUCUGGAAAACCGUUGCCCGGUGGGGGCGAGGUGGGGACGGGAACGUCGUACUCCGUUUUGGUCAGAGGCAACGAUUUCAUGGCGACGGGAUUAACAUUUUUAAACUCGGCUGGACCGAUCGCCCAAGCCGUGGCGCUGCAUGUCGUCGCGGAUCGCGUGAUUAUAACGAACUGCGAUAUUAUUGGGAAUCAGGAUACCCUCUACCCUACCAUCGAAGGAGGCCGCCAAUCCCGCCAGUACUAUAAAGAUUGUUUCAUCGAAGGCACGACCGACUUCAUAUUCGGCGCGGCCACCGCGCUUUUUGAAAACUGUCUGAUCCGCAGUCUGAAAAAUUCUUAUAUCACGGCCGCCUCCACGCCGGAGGGGACCGCGUAUGGCUACGUGUUUCGAAACUGCAGCCUUACCGCGAACGAGAAUGCGACCAGUGUUUAUUUAGGACGACCGUGGCGACCCUGGGCGAAAACGGUGUUCCUCAACACGGUCAUGCGGAGUCACAUUCAUCCCGCGGGAUGGCAUAAUUGGGACAAUCCGGACAAUGAGGCGACCGCUUUUUACGCCGAGUAUGGCACCCAAGGCGUCGACACGGGGGACCGGGUGGCCUGGAGUAAGCAACUCACGGGGGAGGAAGCGAGUCAGUAUACGGUGCAAAAUGUGUUGCGUGGAAGCGAUGGGAGUGUCUGGAUUCCGAUACCGCCUACUGUACGGAUUUAAUUUUUGGAUGUCUUUGGAAGUCUUGAAAUCCGAAAUUUUGAAUUAUUAAAGUCCACAAUGUAAAAAUAUUUUCGAAUUCAUCUAUGAAAUAAAACUAUGAAAUAAAACCUUAAACAAUUGUCGGAUUAUUUUUGCAAAAUA